AAAACCAUUUGUUGUGUUUGUAAUUAUGAUUUACAUUAGGAUGGAAAACGCUCGUACUGCUGUUAUCAAACUGUUCAUUCUUGCUUAUUUCUUUGAAUAUUCUAAAGGCAUAGAUGUUUCCUUUCGAAGGUAUUGUAAAAGGAGUUUUUUCGGGGAUCAGGAUUGUUAUUUCAAAGUGAGAGAACACUGGGACUUUUUAAAAUUCAGGAAAUGGCUGGACAAUCUCGAUCCUCUUGGAGACGUUUCUCUUCGAAUUACGUGUACCGAAGGUGGCUCUCUGUACAUCCCCUGGCCAAUGAGAGCACGCAAUCUAAAGAGGUUGGAAAUCAAGAACUGUCUGCUCAGAGGAUACUUUGACGAACACGAUGUAAAAUCGAGGUAUCCAGAUUCACUCGAAGUACGAAGUAUCGUCAACAGUGUAACGGAAGUUAGUUUAUUGGAUUGGGUUAAUGUUGUUAAAAGCAUGCAAUCUGAGAAGUCUUACACGUGUGGUCAAGAAACGCUCGUCAGGUCAAUUGUGAGUAAUAACACAUACAGCUUUUUGAACAUUCCAAAGUUGCCCGGAAGUAAAAUGCUGGAACUUCUCUCAGAAAUCAGCGAUUCCUUCAGAGAAAAGGUUCGAACACAACCAUUUGAGUGUCAUUAUAAAAAUCUUUUAUACCUUGAAAACUCAAACAAUCCGUCACUCGGAAAACAUUUCAUGGAGGAUUUAACACUGCACUCACAUUACCCGAAGCUCAGGGCCUUAAAUCUUAGUUCGAAUAGGUUAACUUAUUUACCGAUCGAAUUAAAGAAAUGGUACAGAAGUUUUCCAAAAUUGGAAUAUAUGGAUCUAUCAAAUAAUGAUUUAAAAACAUUUUCUUUUCUUGACCCAAAACGCUUCGGAAGAAACUUAGGACUUCACGUGAAUUUGCGGAACAAUGACAUAAGCAGUCCACCACGAGAUUUUUACCGAUAUUCUUACCGAUCGGUGCCAAUUUCAGUGGAUCUGCGUGGAAACCCCAUCCGAUAAACACUAAUUUAUUUAAAUGUAACUGUUAUUAUUACAAUUCAAUGCUGUACAAAAAUUCCACUAACUGUUUUAUGUAAACAUGCAGCCUAUAAGGUGUUCUAAUUGUGUCACGUCAAUUUGAAUAGUUUAUUAAAUGUGAUCCAUUUAUAAGUCAUGCAUGUUAAACAAACUGAGUAAGUGGGAGAAAGAAGAAUUGCUCAAAGUUUUUACAAGUUUUACGCAUAUUGUAUGCCGUUAAUUAGUUAUUUAUUUAUCGAUGUUUAAUUAAACAAAGAUGUAUUUCAAUUUAUC